AGACUUAAAUCGCCAAUAGGUUACAAUAUUUUCUGUCUUCAUCUUGGUCAACGAGGUCUCUAGAUGGAUUCCAUUAAAAGCCAUGAAGAACCAAUAUUUCCAACCAGUUCCUCUUUCAGUGGACAGGCCAGUGCAGGCACUUUUUUACCGGUAUCACGUAGCUUGCCUCUCACGUUUAACAAUGAUUCUUCUGCCGAUAGUGAUAGUGUCUCAGAGGCUGGAGAUACUGGUGAUCGCUCACUUCAGAGAAGGCAUUCACAUCAAAAUGUAUUACUUGAUCACCAUCCAGCCUUGAACACAGCUUCUGUAACCAAACCUUUUCCUGUGGACAUAACUAAAUCUCCUUUACCAACCGAGUUCCUCUUGUCACCUGAUACAUACGACUCGGGAAAGGAGGUGGUAGAGCCUGUGUUACCAAAGUCCUUGGAAUACAUAUCUUGCCUUACUCAUUUGGCUGUUUUUGGGAUUCUUGGGGCUGUUACGAGAUAUCUGCUGCAGAAACUGUUUGGACCAAGUGUUGCUCAAGUAACCAGCGAUGGGAGCAUCUUGUACCUUGAUCUUCCUGCCAACAUGGUAGGAUCAUUCUUGAUGGGUUGGUUCGGCGUUGUAUUCAAAGCAGAUAUAACGAGAGUUUCUGAGUUUCUAGCGAUAGGAUUAUCCACUGGUUACUUAGGAAGCCUCACAACAUUCAGUGGUUGGAACCAGAAGAUGCUGGACCUUAGUGCUGAUGGCCAAUGGUUAUACGCUGUGCUUGGCUUCCUCUUCGGAUUGUUUCUUGCAGGAUACUCUAUCAUUCUCGGUGUAGAAACAGCCAAAGGUUUCAGAUGGCUUCUCAACAGAAGAGCUUCUGAGAAGAAAAAAUCUUCUCUCAAGGCUAACACCUAUAGGAGCUAUAUAGUGUCUAUGAUCUUAAUGCUUACCCUGCUUGUGACUGUACUUACAGCUAGUGUCACUCUGCUUGUAAAAGAGUUUGACAAAGGAACAAGCGAGGCUCAACUAUGGUUAGGUUGUUUAGUUGCAGCCCCUGGUGUCUGGAUCAGAUGGUUCUUAGCCAGACUUAAUGGACGUGGACUGGGAAAAGAUGGACAGUACUUGAGGUGGAUCCCAUUUGGUACCCUCAUUGCAAAUGUAGGUGCAGCUUCUGUCAUGGCAGCUUUGGCCACGUUAAAGAAAUCGGUGGACACGCCAACAUGUAACACAGUUGCCUCUGGAGUACAGUUUGGUCUGUUAGGAUGUCUGAGCACAGUUUCCACCUUCAUGGCUGAGUUUAAUGCGAUGAGGGAAAGUGAUAAACCAUGGAGAGCCUAUGCUUAUGCAUCUUUCACAAUUGCAGUUUCUUUUGCAAUGGGAACUAUUAUAUACUCAGCCCCUGUUGGGUAG